UAAAUCACUGACGCUCCCUCUGCCGCAGCCUCUGUCUCUCUCUCUCUCUCUCUCGCUGCAGAUACAAACAAACGAUCACCGGAACACACAGAACCGGCACCGGACCGGGACCGUAGAAACCAUGACAGAAACGAGCAAAACCCACGUGAUCCUGUUGUCCUGCGGCAGCUUCAACCCCGUGACCAAAGGACACGUUCAUAUGUUUGAAAAGGCCAGAGAUUAUCUUCACAGAAGUGGACGCUUCAUCGUGAUUGGAGGGAUCAUCUCACCUGUGCACGACUCCUACGGCAAACCUGGCCUAGUGUCCAGUCGUCACCGUCUGACCAUGUGUCAGUUGGCCGUCCAGGCAUCCGAUUGGAUCAGGGUUGAUCCCUGGGAGUGUUACCAGGACACGUGGCAGACGACCUGCAGUGUGCUGGAGCAUCACCGUGACCUCAUGAAGAGAGUCACCGGCUGUAUUCUGUCCAACGUCAACACACCGUCCAGCACUCCUGUGAUUGGUCAGCCACAGAACCAGACUCCACCCAUCUACCACAACCAAAACAGCGUGAAUCACAAACCGACCGCCAGUAAGUCGUCACAGUUCAGUCACGCUCACCACAGAGGUCAGAGGUCACCUCACACAAUCACAUCAACCCUAACCCAUUUGAAGAGGGGGUGGAGCUUACUGACUGUCAAUCACACCAUAGCCUCGCCCUCAGACCUCUGCUGCUUC